AUGCCAAUCAAGCUGCCCAAGGGUUUUCAGCGACGGAAAUCUUCAGGCAAUGCCUUGGAUGAAGUCCGUAAUCCUCCCGACUCUCACUCCUCCUUCAGGGUCUUGGAGCGGCCCGGCAGCAAAGAAAAGUCCUUUGAUGGUGGCCUUUCGAUGAGAAUGGCUUCGGGUGGAGCACCAAGGCCACCACCGAAAGACCAUGAUGAUCACGAAGAAGACGACAUAUUUGUGGGAGCGCGCCAGGAUGUGAGCAAUCGUGGAAGUGGUGGGACAGAACGUUCCCAUUCUACUGCCCCCUAUGACAGCGGUGCAUCUUCUACUCGACUCAGCAUCUCCUCCACGAAUCCAUCAUCCGUCGACACGAGGUCGGAUAAAGAUAAAAAUCUUCAUACUUCUACACAAAGGUCACCCAACGACGUUCCUGUCCCGCCACCCUCGGCAGCCAAACCGGCGUUUUUGCGCAGUCCAGGCCGGACAUUCUCUUUUGGAAUUGUGAGAGGCAGUCGAGGGUCACCGACGGGCUCACCGGGUGCCCAUGUAGUGAUCGAUAACAACAGAAGCAGGGCGGUCACAACAAGCACUGCCAGCACUGCCAGCACCGCGACACCUCCGCGACUUUUCGAUUCUGACCUAGCACUGGAGAAUUCCGAGUUGGAUGGCUUCGGCAACAUGUUCGACCAUAUUGGGUCUAGCCCAGGCUCUGCCCCUGUCCGGCCGAUACAGGAAGAGGAACCUAUGUCCUCCCCUUCGACCAGCUACCCUCCUACAAGCUACCCUGGCGCAGCUGCAGUGCGUUCCAGCAGAACGCCUGUACCUUCUCCUAUCCGGACAGAUGGCGCCCAAGGUGUCGAGUCCUCCCCCUAUUCAUGGAACUCGCAUGAUUCGCAGGAUGGCUUAAUGCGAUCUCCAAGCCCUUCGAAGACUAUCACUCAAGGGGGUCCUGCCAGGGAGCGUGAAAACAGUCUACAUAGGUCUCGUCAUAGUCCUCUCUCGUCAAGGUCUGUCCUUCCUUCGAGGAAGCCAGUCGGCCAACGAGCCCCAGCACAAGAGGAGGAUGAACGACCAGUGGCACUGAUGCAAUCGAGAUCGAGGGACAGCAACCUGAUGUCAACCAGUCCGAUCAGAGAAGCGACUGAAGCAUUGUCGCCAAGCUCGACGCAUAGCGCAACGUUCGAUCCUGCCAUCGCAGCCGAUGCCCAACUCGCCAAUAUGUACCAAGAGACCAAAGUCCCUCCCCCGAAACCAGUCUCCUCUAACAAGGUGAUGACGCCGGCUCAAUGGGAACAAUACAAACAGCAGAAGGAAAUGGACCGAAGGUUGGGUGCUUUGUCUGAUGACAGUGACUCGAACGUAAGCGAUGACUAUGAGGACGAUGACGAGAUUGAGCGUGAUCGUCGAGCUACAAAGCAGCGGCAGAAGCAGGAGGCUCAUUUGGCUGUUUACCGUCAGCAGAUGAUGAAAGUGACGGGUGAAAAGCUAUCAUCUGGAACCGAGAGUAGCUUGGGCACAAUGAAGCUCGGAAACGGAAGCUCCAAUGACCUUAACAAUCAAUUGUCUCAUCUGUCAAUGGAUUUGAAACAACCUGGCAGGAGCAGCGGAGAGGAUGAAGAUGAAGAUGAGGACGUUCCACUGGGCAUCCUAGCGGCGCAUGGAUUUCCAAACAAGAAUCGGCCACCGACUCAACUUUCGAAAUUGCCCUCAAAUCCCAACCUCAGAGUUGUAAGUCAGAGCCAAGCUGCGUCAUCUGUGGUGAGUCAAGCUCCGAAAGGGCCUAACCUGCCCGUUUUUGCACGGCAUCUGCCUCAAGACCCUUAUUAUGGAGCUGGCCUCGUCAGUUCUUCCAUUCGAGAGUCUCUGUCGAUCCACCCUGCCAGCCCUGCUUUAGGAGCAGGUCCGUCGACCGCUCACCCUGUACAUCCAGCAGGUCUUGUUGGAGUCAUUGCUGGAGAGGAACGAGCGCGCGCGGCGAGAAGAGGUAGCCCUAAUGCAUCAGGCACUUAUGACAUGCCUGCGCCGCCCCCGGGAAUGCUACCCAGGUCACAAAUCGCUGGCAAUUUGUCUACCAUGGGAUAUCCCAUGGGCAUGCCAGGGAUGCCAGGGAUGCCUCCAAUGGUGAGCCCUGGGGAGCAAGCGCAGAUCCAAAUGUCCCAACAAAUGAAUCAAAUGAUGCACAUGCAAAUGCAAUGGAUGCAGCAAAUGCAGCAGAUGAUGGGUGGACAGGGACAGCCUCCGCCAGGCAUGCCGCCUCAGCCUGGUCAGCAACGGCCACAGUCUGUUCAUAUGCAGCAAUCAUCAGGCCCUCAGCUGGCGUCGAGGACCAUGAGUGCUCUCCACUCGGGGAUGGCGCCAUGGAACUCCAGCCCAUCGUUUGUGCCAGCCAUCAACAUCAACGGCGGGUACUACACCCCAUCGAUUGCGCCCUCAGAGCGUAGCAAUGUUGGACUUGCACCGAGAUAUAGACCGGUGUCGAUCGUUGGCGAGCCAGAUGCCUCCUCCACAAGACGAUCGUCUACAUUUACCACAUCAACCUACCGACCAUGGUCACAAGGCGACAAUGUACCUCGAGCAUCAAUGCAUGGAGCGAAACCGUCGGUCAAUACUCUUGGCCGAAGAUCACCGCUGGCAAAACAGGACGAUGACGACGAAGAGCAGGGAUGGGCAGAAAUGAAGUUGCAGAAAGAGAAGAAGCAAAAGAACAGGGCUCUUCGGAAGGGACAGAACCCUCUUCAAGAGCUCUACACCAACGCCCCGUAA